AUGGGCUUUGACCUGGAUCGCUUUGCCGAGCCCGUGGACCCGGAUCUCAAGUGCAAACUGUGCAGCAAGGUGCUGGAGGAGCCGCUGUCCACGCCGUGCGGGCACGUCUUCUGCGCCGGCUGCCUGCUGCCCUGGGCGGUGCAGCGGCGCCUGUGCCCCCUGCAGUGCCAGCCCAUCUCGGCCAAGGAGCUGCACCAGGUGCUGCCGCUCAGGAGCCUCAUCCAGAAGCUGGAGAUCAAGUGCGACUACAGCCCGCGGGGCUGCGGCCGGACCGUGCGGCUCCACCAGCUGGCCGCCCACGUCGAGAUGUGCGACUACAGCCCGGCCCGGUGCCGCCACAAGGGCUGCCCGGAGGUGCUCAGCCUGAAGGACGUGGACGCGCACAUGCGGGAGAGCUGCGAGCACCGCCCGGCCGGCAUCUGCCAGCAGGGCUGCGGCUUGGUGCUCCUGCAGCGGGACCUGGCGGGGGGCGCGCAGCCGGGCGGGGGGCACUGCUGCCUGCGGGCGCUGCGCAGCCAGAACAGCAGCCUGCAAGGCCAGAGGGCCAGCCUGGAGCAGGAGCUGAAGCGACAGGCCCUGAAGUGGAGCAAGAGGGAGAAGUCGCUGCUGGCUCAGCUCGCGGCGCUGCAGAGCGAGGUGCAGCUCACGGCGCUUAGGUACCAGGUGAAGUUCAACCAGUACAUGAGCCACAUCAGCAGCAUCACCAGGAACCUGGCCGGCAGCCACCCCUGCAAGGAAUAA